AUGAAUCAAGACACGGGCACACGCGAUCNUUCUGCCCGGACGCCUGAUGUCGAGUUCAUCCCCCCGCAGCAGCAGCAGCAGCAGCAGCCCUCACACAUCCCUCCACGCCAGAGACCAGCUUGGCAGUGGCAGCAGCACCAGCAGUGGCAGCAACAGGAUGUGCCGAUCCCUCCCAGCCGUCACUGCCCACCAGCAACAGAUAGUCCCCAGACAUCCCAGCCUCCAUACCCACAGUCAGCGGACGGUAGCAGCCUGCCUCCCUGGACAUACAGCUUUAUAAAGAUGCUCAGCUCUCAUGGAUUUAGGCAGACAUCCAAUAUGGGGCCCAGUGACCAGCCUCUCUCUACACCGGAGGCCCCAGUGGUCAUAGAUGAAGACUGCAAGGCCGAGUAGUUGUAGUUCAAGAUUUUGUACCGUGUACGAAGGAGUUGUACUUCAGGAUUUUAUACUUUGCUUUUUCUGUACGACUGUAAUUGCUGGACAGAGUACUGUGUACCCGUGGAUAUUGUUGCGGAUAAAGAGUUGUAUAUAUUGACUUAUUUCUUGUCUCCUUUACACCUCUGAAUUAUGAAUAGAGGAUGGUUUGAUU